CCAGCCAGGGGAAGGCACCGGCGCCUCCCACGGCAGAAGUCUCUUCUCCGAGGCUUCUGCCGCCCCCUGAGUCCCCACCCGGGCUUCCGAGAGUGACUCAGAGCCGAUCUUGCAUCGCUUCACCUCCUACAACACAGGAGCGCGCGGAGAAAUUACAGGAUUGCCUGCGCACGGCUAAUGCGCUCUAAUUACCCACCGCCGCUCUCGUCAGCGCUCCGCGGCGCUGGGCCAACGCGCGGUAAUUAGCUGCCCCUCCCCGGUCCCGGAACUAUCUCCCGGCUCCAGGAGCGCUCGCAUCGGCUUGCCCGUCGCCGCCUCCUGCUGCACUCUGGGACUGCCCCGUGGUCCUAGGAGACAGCUAUGAGACCCCACCUGGGGUGGGCGGAGGAGAGAUGCAGGACUUGGGGAGACAGGCUCGGCGGCCUGAAGAUGUGGAAGCCGGCCGCUCUCCUCCCAUAAGACUACAGUUCUGAAAGGAUCUGGGAGAGCGGGAAGAGGGCAGGAACCCACUUUAUCGACAGGAACACUGAGGCCUAUUGGAAAGUUAACUGUCAGGGGAAGGGGUGGGUAAGGGCACCAGGCAACAGUAUUUCCAUUUCGAAUAUGAGGCACGGAAAAGUAAAGGCUCUCAGGGAAGGCCACCCAGCCAGAACUUCUGGAUCAGCUCAUUUAGCAGUGGCUUUAUGAGAGCCCCACAGUCUCCUUCCCCUGGCAGGAGAAUUACCUUCCCGCAAAAGAAAGAAAGAUAAUAUCCUCCCAUCACAGACCUGAAGCCCUACGCUACGCACCAGGGGAGCAGGUGAAGAAUGGCUCAAGUCUCCCAUCCCAGGAAGGGUGGGAGGAGGCCCUGAAGACACAGAAGCCAAGCCUAGUGGCCAGGACUAAGGAGGCGCAACUUGGCUGUCAGCUUCUUUAUCCGAACCAGUCUCAAACCUCUCCUCUCUCAGGAAUUCUUUCCUGAUUUCCAGGGGGUUGCAAACUUGCGGCCUUGGCCAAGUUUAAUCUUUAGUGAGGUUUGGCCUGCAACGAAUGUGUGGUUUUCAUAUUGAAUGUGAGAGCCUACAGACAGUGCAGGCUCUCUGAUUGCCCUCCUGGUUGGAAAGGUCAGUGAGGCCAGUCUAGUCCCCAAAGGCAUUUGGGUUUGAGACCCCUGAUUUAGAACAGCCUGCUCAGCAUGUGCCUUUCUCCUUUUCCCCAAAUGCUAGAACCUCAGACUGCUCCAUUACCACCCCUUUGGAACCUUUGCAUGUUUCUUGGUAAGCACUGCAGGGUGAGUAUUCCUGGAAGCCCCUCUUUAGGCUUCCCACAUGUGGUGGCAAUGAUGGCUGCUGCACAUGCUUCUGGAUACCCCUCUGGUACCCACUUUUUUCAUCUUGAGUUUCAAUCUGCCCAUUGGUAUAUCUUCUCCAGCAGGGACGACAGCUAGUUUUCUGCCAUGAAACCCGAGGUUCUUUGAGGGCAAGAUGCUAGAAUUCUCCCUUCAGACAGAUCUCACUGAGGGCUGGGGAAGUGGGGUGUGGGGGUAGUAUCCUCCAUCACAGGGAGCUCUGAGGGCAGGGCUGUGUCUCCCUCUCAGACUGGGGGCUCCCUGAAAGCACUAGAAUUCUCCCCUCAGAUGGAACCUUUGCACCCCACCCCAUUCCUCUGGCUCUUCUUGGCUCCCAGGCAUUCCUCCCAGGACACAGUUUGUCAUGCUUUGAUGAAUGAAAACUACUAAGAAUAACUCAGUCCUUGUAGUCUCUAAAGGACAGGGGUGUGGGGAGGAGGGAGGCUGGUGAUUGUGGAGGAGUUAGGGGAGAAUGAACACAUCCAUUCAUUCAAGAGCAUUUUCCCAAGUGCCCAGCUAGACACUAGGGGAGACAUAGUGAGUGCCACAGAGCCCCCUACUGUGCCAUUUCUGCUGUUGCCAGUAGCAGGGUGUCCACAGGACCCCCAAGACAGAAAUACCAAUCCCCUUCUUCACAGCCUUCCCACCCCAGAAGUUGUCACCUCGGGGUCACCCUGCUCCGUCUGUGGACACCAGCUCCCUCUGCUUGGAAGUAGAUGCUUGGGGUAGGGAGGGCUGAUUCCAGUGGGACAGGGGCUGCAGUGGGGAGCACCCGUGGAGCCCUUCUUCUUCUUGUGGAGAACUAUCAGAGUGACUAUGGUGGAAUGUAGAAGUAGUCACAAACUGGCGGGAGGACAUUUGGUCUUUAAUUGAGGGAGGGUGUAUGAGCGACCCAGAGGAUGAAUUUCUGUUCCCCCACUCUUCCUCCCUCAUCCUGCCCCUUCCCGCUCCAAAACCUCAAGCCUCCAGUUAAGAACUCAGUAACCUUUCCAAUGCAACUAUUCUCUCAGGCACUUCACAGAGGAAUGGAGGGAGAAGAGGCUGUGACCUUAACCCACUUCUCUAGAUGGGGCCUUCCUGGCACUCUGCCCCCACCUGACACCUCCUGAGAUGGGGACCUUUCGGCCUGGUCUUGGCAAAAACAUCAACCUGUGAGCCAAGCUGGCCUGGUAUGGUACCAGCUCUGCUACUGACCCCACUGUGACUUUGAAAAGCCAUUUGCUCUCCUGGGCCUCAGUUUCCCCAUAUGUAAAAUGAGUUUUGUCAAGUUUUCAACAUUUUCAAACCUUUUAAAAAAAUAAUGGCUUCUUUUGUUUAAAUAGUAAUGUAUGUGGAGUCUCCACUGGUAACACAGAAAAAGUUUGGGGUUCUACGGUCAAAAUAUGAGUGGGGGCCUAGAGCCCCAGUGUUAAGUCCAUCAUGCAUGCACACACACAUACGCAGUCACGCACACAAACAUACACACAGAUCAGCUCCAGGGCACUCUGCAGAGCAUACUUGUGUGCAUCUCAACCCUGAAAUCCCUCCUUGUAUAAACAUUCUGGGACCCCGCCAGGAGUGAGAGCUCUAGAACUGGGGGUGCUGACAGCUCUGAGGAUGAGGCAGUGAUUGUGGGCUUCCCAGGUCUAGGGAGCAGGGCUGAGGGGUAAUAGUGUGGUGGGCUUGAGCUAGUUGAGGGAGUCCUUUCAACACUGAGUAAUGCUGCUGAGACUGGGCAGGAGCCUGGUCCAAAGUUAGGUCCAUGAAAACCCUCACUGCCCACCCCUGUGAGUCUAGGAGGCUUACCUGGUGCUGGGCCCCUCAGCUAGGGGGCGAGGGGACAAGUGGUGAAGGAGAGUGCUUCUCCCCAGAGGGAGGGUGCAGCAGGGAUGGAUGGGAGCCUCUGGUAGCUUUUCUCUGGAAUUCCUCUCCUUAUGGCUAGGACAAGGGCUGGAGUGGGAGACCGGGGCAUGCUGGCAGAGGCCCCGAACUGGCUGAGGCGUGGGAGCCGAGCGCCAGGAAGCCCGAGUGGGGCAGUGAAUCCUACUGCAGGAGACAGCAAGAACCUCACAGCACCACUAAAGCUGGAGUAGAGGCGGGAGGAGCCCCAUUAGAUGCAGGUGAUGAGAAGGCAGGAGUGAAGAGAGGAGCAAGUACUGCACAGGAAGGAAAAAUGGCACCAGAAGACGCAGGCCUAGUGCUGGGGUCCCAGCUUAGGGCAAUAGGGUAGGUCCGUCCGAAGUCGGGGAACGGCAGAAGUGCCUCAGUCUCUCCUUGCCCGCAGAUGGACUAUGCUCAGGGAUGGUGAGAAAGGCCUGUGUUCAGCCCCAGCCUCCCAGAGUCACCAGGCAAAAAAGAUGCUUCUCCCUACCUGCACAAUCCUGAAGAAACCGUUGUUUUCUAGUUUCCCUCAGGGAACAUGUUGGGGAGCCCAGGAGUCUCCCCCAUUCCUCACCUCCCUAAGAUGUACAGUGAGGGAGGGGGUGAGCUACCUCACCAUCUUCUAUCCGAAACACACACACUCUGGUGUUCGUCCCCUAGAAACGUCACAGCCUUGGCCCUGGAAACCGCUGGACAGCUGCUAUGUACCAGGCUCGGCUCUAGACACUGGGGCCCCAGAAAUGGAAAAGUCAGCUGAGGUCUCUGCCCUCAUGGCACUCACAGUCUAAGGAAAGAAAGACAGAGGAUCAAGUCAAAAAAGAAGAAAGUUCAGGUCAUGAAUAAGACAACUACUGAAGUGGAGGGUGUUGCGGUGGGUGGGGCUAUUUUAGACGGGGUGGUCACGGAAUGUCUCUGUAAGAAAGUGAGACACGUGACUGGAGACCUGAGCUACAAGAAGCCAGUCAGGCUUUUGGGCCAAAAGAACUCCAAAAAUGUACAGUAUUUUUAAACAGAAAAGAACACAUAUCCAUAAACAUUAAAGGGCAGGGAAAUUAGAGCUCUUUCUGGAGCAUCUGUUGUAUGUCCAGCACGGUGAUAGGAAAUUCCCAUACAUCCUCUCUCACAGCCCCCUUCAGAAUCUAGUGUGUCAGAUAGUAUUAUUUUCAUUUUACAGAUAAGAAAUAUGAAGCCCACGGAGGUUAUUGUUUCAUUCAUUUAAUAAGAUGUAUUGAGUUUUAGUUUCUAGAAACGCUAUAAUAAAUUCCACAUGGGCCCUGCCCACAGAUCUACAGUCUGUGAGAUCAUAGAGGAGGGUCAAGGAGGGCUUCUUGGAGGAAUCAAUGUCUACGCUGAGUCUGAAAGGAUGAAGAGUGGGUGAUAGGGAAAGUGACGAGAUGAGGGCCCCCCCAGGGGUGGCACCAGCAGCAGGGAGACCUAUGGGCAGAAGUCAAGGAUUGAGGAGCGGGCCCUGCCCGGCUUCCUGCUCUGCACUCUGCGGGACUAGAGUGGUGCAUGAGGACUCUCUGGCAGGUAGGAGGGCAGGAGAGCAGGUGGGGCCACCUGCUGUGGCUGUUAAGCAAGGCAGGUCAGGUGGGGUCUCUGCUGGUCUCUGAUGACCUGGCCAUCCCUGAGUGACAGGGUAACUCAGGGCAAAAGGUGGGUACCAGCCAAUAGUAAGGCCUGGUGGGACUGCUCACGUACUCCACACACACAGACAGACAUGUGCACACCACAAAUGCACAAAUGCACAUGCAGCUAGCCUCACUCCUCAAUCUAUAUUGAUAAGGGGCUGGGGAGAGGCGCAGGACAGGGGUCAGAGAUCAAGGAACAGUGUGAACCCAGUGUAGCUCCCGCCUCAGGCCCUAGGCACCUCUUUCUGGAGCCCCAGGGCAGAUCCCCUUCGAUAGCUUCCUCCCAGGUUCUCAGGCCCCUUGCCCUCCCUUCCCACCCCCACUGUAUGCUCUGAGACAUGGCCUGCUGCCACCUUGUCCAGGAUAUGCAGACAGCACAAGCAGCCUAGGCGUCGCAGCCAGCAGCAGAAUCCGGACUCGGAACAGAUCCUGCCUUGCUGGAGUGAACAGGUGAUACCAGGAAGAAGAUGUUCACAGGGCCAAUGCAAGAAUUCCGACACUCAGCAGCUCAAACAUGGGCUGAGAGAUCACAUAUAAGAUUGGGGGUGAGCAUUCCUGGAAGGGGACUUGUUCCCGGGGAGCAACGAAUGUGCAGACUUGGACUGCACUAAUAAAAGGGCAGCAGCCGGCCAGGGAGAGGAGUGGCCCCCAGGCCUGGAGCUGGCCAGGCCCUCCAGGAGCAGUGGGUCCAGACCUGGGGAUCUCCCUCUGAAGGGGACAAGGACAAGGAAAGUGAUAGGGUGGGGAGGGGGUCCAGAAUCCCCACUAUAUGAGGAACUAGCACGAGGAUGUUCAGUCUCAAGAACAAAAGGCCCAGACACUUUAGAGUCCCACACUCCAGCCAUGGCAACUUCCCUGCUCCUCUUUAGCUAGUUAAGCCCUGCAUGUUCUUCAUAUCAGCUUAAGAGCCACUUCCUCAGAAAAGCCUUUUCUUACCUCUUUUGGAUUAUGUCUCACUUCAAUAUGCUCUGCCUACCACCUGGUCUUAGGUUAACACUUACCAGAGGCAGCUUACAGUUCUCUAUGUGAUUGUUCUGUUUGCGGUGUCUCCAUAACUAGACUGAAGCACUGUGAGGUCAGGAGCGGUAUGUGCUGUUGCUUAUUGUUGUUUUCCAGGUGCCUAGCACAUAAUAGAAGCUCAAUAAAUGUCUAAAGAGGAAGGGAAGGAAGGCAGAAAGGGAGCGAGGAAAGGAGGGAGGAGUUGAGUAUGCCUUGUACCCUCCAAGGGCUGCCAUAUAAAGAGGGAUUAAACUAGUUCUUCAGGGGCAGACAAAUAACCAGCCGAUCAGUUUAGGGAUUCAAAUUUCAAAUCAUUAGCAGUAAGGUUUCAAGCAUCAGAUGGUCACAAUGUGGAUUGGGCUGCCCCAAAAGACAGAGCUUCAGAGGAUGAGUUUAAGCAGAACCAAGAGGAACACUUCUCAGAGAUGCUAUUUCUUAAAUGAAUGAAGAA